AUGACUGUGGCAAACAAGUCCUGGCCUCUCAAUAUUCCAGAGGACGACGAAGCACGACCUGAACAGUUGGUCUUUUCCAAACCUGCCGAAAUGCUACAGUAUGCAACCCGUAACUGGCUGCAAAACUUCGUCACCGUGGACCUGCAAGCCAAGGCCGACAUCCAAGAAUUCUCGAUACGCCCAUUUUUCAUGCUCGUUCACGUUGACGCCCCAGUACUUCAACGUUUCUCUCGACUAAGUGGUGGUACAUGUUCAUUGGAAGAAUUCAUCCACGAACACGAUUACACGCUUUACGGAGGAUCGCCCCACGCUCCGCAUUCGUCUGUCAAGGCACCGUCCACGUUGCACAGCAUCAGUGGAUUUGUCGAUCUCCGGAUCGUUAAUAGCUUUCCUUCGGUGCCUGACUUCAAAGCUCACCUUGACUCUCUGGGUCUGCUUGAUCCGGACCGCCUGAGGCCACGAUGGGACACGUACUUUAUGAAACUGGCGUCACUGGCGUCGUUGAGGUCUAAUUGCAUGAAACGGCGAGUGGGUGCCGUCGUGGUACGUCACAACCGUGUUAUAUCCACAGGUUACAACGGGACAGCUCGAGGUUUGCGAAAUUGUAACGCAGGAGGGUGCUCUCGCUGCAACUCUGGAUCCUCAUCAGGGUCUGCCUUGGAUGAAUGCGUUUGUCUGCACGCUGAAGAAAAUGCUCUUCUUGAAGCCGGUCGCGAGCGUGUAGGAGAUGGCUCAGUACUCUACUGCAACACUUGCCCGUGUCUGCGCUGUACUGUCAAAAUCAUUCAAACUGGAAUAAAGGAGGUUGUAUACAACCUGAGCUAUAAAGUCGAUGAUGCGUCACUGGCCCUAUUUCGAGAAGCAGAUGUUAAGCUUCGCAAGUAUGCUCCUCCGCUCUCGGAGGCAUGA